UUGUUUACAUUCCGUCUAUCCUACAUCCUACUUUCGUUCUUCCAACCCAAAUGCACUGUGUUACUGGAUUGUAAAAAGUUUUAAUUCAAUCAAGGCAGACUUUAUUGAAAAAGCUACUGUUGAACGAGACCCAUAAGGAAAUGGAAUACAUGCUUUCCACAUUUUGAUUGCUGAUUAGUUUUCGAAUGCAAGACAAAUCGAUUUUGUUUUGAAAUGUACUGUCAUGAUGUGUUUUGACUUCUGACUUAUUCUAUUUAACCAGCAGUAAAAGUUCUCAAAAGCCAUGGAUCCAUCUCAUGAUUUUCUUGCCCAAUAUAAAGCUAUUACUUCAAAAUUAAAGAAACGUUUCCUGAGAAAACCAAAUGUUGCAGAAGCUAGUGCGCAAUUUAGUAUGUUAGCGAAAGAACUCCAAAACCGAGAGUGUCCUCAUUAUGCUGCGUUCGUUUGUCUUGCUGUGUGCAGGUGUGAACAUUCCGUUGGCAAUCCAAUAUUUGAAAGUCAGAACUUACUGCAUGCAGCUAAACUGUUUCUAGAAGCCGAACAGUUAGAUCAUGAACUACUUUGUCCUGGGUAUAGUGAACACCUUCAAGCUUCGAUAAAUGCCUAUCAUGACUGCAUCAAAGUUCAUCUUGAUCAUGACCAACCUGCUUUAGCAGCUUCACUCUAUUUGGAGUUGGGACAAGCCCUGAGACAACUUGGGAGAGUGCGUGAAGCUAUCCCACAUUUUUUGCAGGCGGCAAAUUUGCAUCGAUUUUGUGCUUUAGACCAUGUAAAUGACUUGACGCUAGUGUAUGAAUGCAGAAUUGCUGUUGGUGAUUAUGAUGGAGCAUUGAGUGCCCUGACUCAAAUGCAAGUUAUUUGUGAAAAACAAGGUGUGAAAGAAAACUAUGAGCGAAUUGGAGCAUUUACUGCAAUUUUGCGAGAAACUGAAAUUACCAGAUUACUUCUGCUUUUGUAUUUGAAGCCUCCUCCCAUCAAAUUGAAGCCUGAACAUGCAAAAUUAUUGGAUCGUUAUGCUAGUCUUGAUACAGACUCAGUAAGUUACAUUGAAGAGGACUUGUAUUUAAUGCUGCAGUCUCUUAUGAUUGCAGUUAAUGAAAAAGAUGAAGACGCCUUGUCAAAACUGGAAAAGGAUAUAUGGCCAUACCUGAGUGGACUGCAAAAUAAUAUACUAAAUAGGAUUGUCACUGACUUCCGAAGUUACUCCUUUUUGGUCCCUUACAAAUAAAAUGAGUUGUGAAUUUAUUUCGAGUGUCAUGUCAAGCUUUUUCACAUUCCAUUGUGGAAAGAAAACAUAAAUUGUGAAGUAUUCGAUGUAUCUGGAUGAGUUGUGACAUCAAUUGAGCUUCUUAUUAUGAAUGUACAGUAUUAAAAUGUUCUA